AUGGCUGAAUAUUAUCAAAACUAUGCAAAAGCACCACUUAUGAAUGCUCCGAAUAACGAGUCCGCCUUCGACGUUUCUGAUUUUUUUGAGUUCAACAACUGGGCCGAGCACGUUGAUCCCACGUUUUCGUCCAUGUCAGCAGCUGGCUGUGAUGAUAUGAAUCCUCAUAUUGAUUCAACAUAUAUGAACGAGGUGGUUGAGAACUCGAGUUGGAUUGGUGACAAUAACAAUUUACAUGAAGAGAUCGCGAUCAAUAAUAUGGAUAAUGGUAUUGGCAAGAAAGAGAGAAGAGAAAGAGUUGCUUUUAAGACCAAGUCCGAGGUUGAGGUACUCGAUGAUGGCUUUAAGUGGAGAAAGUACGGCAAAAAGAUGGUUAAAAACAGCCCGAAUCCAAGGAAUUACUACAAAUGCUCGGUCGAUGGUUGCCCUGUGAAAAAGCAAGUCGAACGGUGCAAAGAGGAUCCAAGAUAUGUGGUCACAACUUACGACGGUGUCCACAAUCACAAAGGCCCUCACUCGUGA